AUCAGAACCUUUAUUUUGAAAAAAAGAAGGAACGCUUGCUAUCAGCGAUCAGCUGGAUGUGUCUGAGUUCACACUCGCUGUACGGCGCUUUUCAACUUGCAAUCUACAAAAGAAACAGCUGAUGCUCAAAGUCCAAGUUCUCUGUUCGUCUAGAUAUUUUUGGGAACCAUCUCGUUGUGUGUAAGCAUGUCCACAACCUCGUAGCCUAUACAUUUCCAGGGAGUGUGAGCGUGUGUGGUCUCUGUGAGACUAGAAACGUGCAUGUGAGAGUGUGUAUCAACCUCACAUUUAGGAGUAUUUUGUGAGUGUAUGCAUGUGUGUCAUCAUGGGGGACGUCAUUGACUUGGACAGACAAAUCGAGCAACUCAGACGCUGUGAACUUAUCAAGGAAAAUGAAGUAAAGGCGUUAUGUGCCAAAGCAAGGGAGAUCCUAGUAGAAGAAAGUAAUGUUCAAAGAGUAGAUUCCCCAGUCACAGUAUGCGGUGAUAUACAUGGGCAGUUUUACGAUCUAAAAGAGCUUUUUAGGGUGGGAGGUGAAGUCCCAGAAACAAACUACCUCUUCAUGGGAGACUUUGUGGACAGAGGGUUUUACAGUGUGGAGACUUUUCUGUUACUGCUAGCAUUAAAGGUGCGAUACCCUGAUCGGAUAACGCUAAUAAGAGGGAAUCAUGAGUCAAGGCAGAUCACGCAAGUCUACGGCUUUUAUGAUGAAUGCCUUCGAAAAUAUGGCUCUGUAACUGUAUGGAGGUACUGCACAGAGAUCUUUGACUACCUGUCUCUCUCUGCCAUUGUUGACGGCAAGGUAUUCUGUGUGCAUGGUGGUCUUUCACCAUCCAUUCAAACUUUGGACCAGAUCAGGACCAUCGACCGAAAACAAGAAGUACCACACGAUGGACCUAUGUGCGACCUUUUAUGGUCUGACCCAGAGGAAACCACAGGGUGGGGUGUGAGUCCAAGGGGAGCUGGAUAUUUGUUUGGUAGUGACGUGGUGGCACAGUUUAAUGCAGCAAAUGAUAUCAGCAUGAUCUGCAGAGCUCAUCAGCUGGUAAUGGAGGGCUACAAGUGGCAUUUUAAUGAGACCGUGUUGACAGUGUGGUCCGCUCCCAAUUACUGUUAUAGGUGUGGUAAUGUGGCAGCCAUUUUGGAACUCGAUGAACAUCUCCAGAAGGAGUUUAUCAUAUUUGAAGCUGCUCCUCAGGAAACCAGAGGUCUCCCCUCAAAGAAACCAGUGGCAGACUACUUUCUUUGACCUUUUGCCACCAGAAAUUAGUUUUAAAUUGUUUUUAACUAAAUUUUAUCUUCACAACAUUCAGUGCUUCUGUCAAUAGCCCGGUUGUAGCAUUUACUGCCUGUUUUUCAUUUGCUUUCACAUUCCUUCCACCCAAAAGCUUUUCUUGUAAAAUGUAAGUAUUUAGACUGUCCCUAAUUAUGUGAUGGUUUUGUAUUUUUGAACUGUGAUAUUUUUUCCAACAAAAACAAUAAAAUGAUUGGGUUUAUAUAUAUUUGCCUACAGGAGGCUUCUAUUGUUACAUCACUGUAGAAUCUGUGAUUACAUCAUCAUACCGCCAGCCUAUAAACCAGUUUGCAGCUUCAAAAAUUUACUUUAAAUUGCAGAUUAACUGCUGUCAUUUUCUGCAGAGUGAGUACAAAAAGACAGGGGUUUACUUUGAACAAAGCGCAUGCUACUUAUAACUUAGCCAAAAUAGAAUAACACACAAUAUUUAUUUUGAUAAAAUGUUUAUUAUUUCAUAUGUUCACGUUAUUAAAGAUGUCACAGUCGCCCUAUAAAAAUUUAUGGGGCUGUGGAGGAAAGCCGUGUUAGGGAGAAAAACUGGUAGGGGUCUUUGUACUCAUUCAAAAAGGAGACUUCAUUAGUGACACUUUCAAUAUUUAGUUUAAACUAAGAAUGGCAGCCAGCCACUGAGUUUAUAAAUAUUUAAUAUAAUCAUUUUUAUUCCAAACCCAAGGCACUUACUGAAUCACGAAUUAAGUGUAAAAGUAUUAUCUUUAACGUUAUAAAUGAAUAUUGUCUCUAAAUCUGUAUUUUACUUUUUUCAGAUGGCAGCUCAGAAUAUGCAAAUGAAAGCUGACAUAGUGGUAGGCAAUGAAAGGUUUAAACCGGUAAAACAAGAGGCAGGCUUUACGGUUUAUUACAGGACUGUUGGCAUUGAUAUUCAAGAGGGUGUUUAUCAAGGUCUCCCAAAUGUCCCACAGUACAUUGAGGCCUCCGGUCAAACAGAUGUUUUUAGAACAUAUGCCAGGGGUUGAACAUUUUAUGCAAGGGCUGUUUGACCAAGCCUGUGCACAAAGCAAAGAGGGAACAGCAGAGGGGUCCACAUCAUCUGAAGAAGACGAUGCCACAAUUGACGUACAAGAUGUUUUGAGACCGUGUAGACAUGCGUCUCGACAUAACAUGGAUACCUCAUCUGGAAGUGUUCCUGUGAGGACAAAACUUCCAGGAACAGUCAGGCUGAAGGCAAAAGUGGUGAAUGCAACUUUGUUCCUUCGAAAAAAAAUGGAAGGUGGUGAAAAAAACCUUUACUUCCUGCCUGAGGUCAAGCAAAGUUAUACAGUUAGUCUAAAAUAAACUACAUUAAUAAUACAGUAACACUGCACUGACUGGAAAUGUGUUAUUUACAGUUUGAUGUUUUAAAUGUUAUUUAUAAAAAAUACAAUUUUUGUUGGUCAAAACAAAACUCCUAAAUUAAUCACAACCAAGUUCAUAACAUUGAAAUUUGUGACCCUGUUUGUAAAAUCCAGGCUAAUGUCUCUCAAUCUAUUCUAUUAGAUUAUAAUAAUUUAUUUCACUUUGAUUGCAAAAGAAAAAAUAGUACAGAUUAUUAUUACAAUUAUUUAGCAUUGCUACUGUAUUUAGGUAAUCGUUGUAAUUUGAGGACAAUUAUACAAAAAUAUACAGCUCUGGACUCUCAUUCCAGUUGCCAAUGUGGUGAUUAUGUAUUUGUAUGUCUGUGGCCAUUAGUGGAAAUUUGGAUUCAUCCCAGUGUUUCUUUUGUGUAAACUAAGAUUCAGAUUCAAAACAAAUGUUAAUAACGUAUUUGUGUAAUUGUAAUAUAUUGUAUGAAAUCACAUUUACAGUUAAAGUUUACCUAACCUGAGAAAGACUUGCAUGCUGCUGUAGGGAUUGACCUCAACAGAUAAAUACACACACACUGUCAGAAAAAAAGGUUUAAAACUGUACCUUUU